UGGUUUCUGCAGCCUAGGUAGUGCACCCUUAUGCCGAAUAGCGAGCUAUUUGGGACUGUGCCAUGUUCUGAGGCGAAGUGGAUUUCCCCACCUCGACCCGUGCAAGCAAACAGCAGCAGUGUUUCACCUGUAGACUGCUAAUGUGUAGCAGGGUGAGGCGUUUUGUUUUCCCUUUUCUCGGACUAGUUUCGGGUGAUUGUGUUCUUUAAAACCGACUCGUUCAUAGCUCGACCAAUGGCUGCUCUUUUCGGUUUUGCGUUUAAGAUGUGUUUGACAUUUUUUCAGUCUUAGGAUAAAGUACACACCGAGUCAUUUCCGUCCUUAGCUGAGUGCAGUAAAGUCACAAAGUGCAGUAAAGCUUCAGGCCCCAGCAUCUAAGAGCUUCUGUUUUUCCAGCCCAUACAACGCUCCUGAUUAACACAAUGUCCCAGGAUUCUUAUGACAGCUCAAUGAAUAUCAAUUUUCUAAAAGAAUCCGUGUUAAAAAGACUCGCUGAGGCUCUUGAUAAAGCCAACAGUAAAGGAUGGAGAAAACUCGGGGAGACUGUGAACAGUGACCGGCGCUUCAGAGUCAGUUUGGGGGACAUGGAGAUGUGCUCUCUGAAGGUGUUGGAGGUGGAGGGCAGCCCAUCUCGCAGUUUGCUGAGACUCAUGGGAGACCGAGGCUGCACAGUGGGGGACCUGGUGGAGUUUCUAAAAAUGAUGGGACACACUGAAGCCCUUCAGUGUCUUAAAUCAGGGAUUCAGAUCCUCAUCCAGCCUCAGUCUGUGGCUGUGAUAGUUGGACACAGCGUUCGCCUCAGCUGCUAUGCUGCUGCCACCUCGGGCUCCAUCAUGCAGUACCAGUGGUUCAAGGCAAAAGAAGAGGUUCCUGGUAGUUCUUCUUCAGACCUUGUGCUGAGUCCUGUCCAGCUGAGUGACGCUGGCUUCUACAUCUGCAGGGUGAACUGCGGUGACGCCUUUGAGUUUAGCCACUGGGUUCAGGUGGAUGUGUUGGAUGUCAUGCCAACAUAUGGGUUGAUGUCUAUUCCUUCCGAGGGAAGACUAAGAGUGGUGAUACAGCCCAAGCCUAAGUCUUUGCUAGUGGGAGAUGCUCUGUAUCUGGAAUGUGGAGCUGUGGGAAAACCGCUGCCACGCUACCAGUGGUACAGAAAUGGGGCUCCUUUAAAGAAUGCCACCAAGCGGAAACUCAGUAUCCCGUAUUUGAUGUUGGAGCACCAGGGACGAUAUCGCUGUGAAAUCUCCUGCAGCAAUGAGCGGACCUGGAGUAAUGAAGUAGACAUCGUUGUAGUAAAAGGGCCGAGGACUACCUUCCAGUUUUCAGGGGCAACGGAAUGCUCUGAAGAUGACUUCAUAGCCAUGGGACAGUAUAACAGUCUCGAGAAGCCUUACGCCACAGACAAAGUGGCCUUGCUGAUAGGGAACAUGUCGUAUCAGAACCACCCUCAGCUGAAGGCUCCCAUGGUGGAUGUGUACGACCUCACCAACCUUCUUCGACAGCUCAACUUUAAAGUGGUCUCACUGCUGGACCUGACUGAGUCAGAGAUGCGCAACGCUGUAGAGGAGUUUCUCUCCCUGCUGCACAAAGGCGUUUAUGGCUUGUUGUACUACGCUGGACAUGGUUAUGAGAACUUUGGAAAUAGCUUCAUGGUGCCGGUUGAUGCCCCAAAUCCGUACCGAUCAGCAAACUGCUUGUGUGUGCAAAGCAUUCUGAAACUGAUGCAGGAAAAAGAGACUGGUCUCAAUGUCUUCCUUCUUGAUAUGUGCAGGAAAAGAAACGUUCAUGAUAAGGACAUGCCAAAUGUUAUGCUCAAGGUCACAGCCAACAUCGUGUUUGGUUAUGCUACCUGUCAAGAUGCAGAAGCUUUUGAGUUAAGCUCCAGUGGACUCGCCAAUGGCGUCUUCAUCAAGUUUCUAAAAGAGCGCCUCCUGGAAGAUGAAAAAAUUACUGUUCUCCUGGACAGCGUGGCAGAGGACAUGGGCCAGUUUGAUCCCACUAAGGGGAAACAGGCUCUUGAGAUCCGCAGCAGCCUGUCAGAGAGACGCUCCCUGACUGACCCUAUCCUGCCUGAAGAGUGUUCAGACGUGGUCCAAGCUCACAGCCUCCUCUGGGCUAAAGCACACGAGCUACCAGAAAGCAUGAGUCUGGACUUUGAAUGUGGCGUGCAGCUAAAGAUGGGCUUUGCGGCCGAGUUCUCCAAUGUGCUGGUCAUCUACACCAACAUUGUAAAGAAGCCAGUGGAGAUGUCCUCGUGUCAAGCUCACCUCAUCAACCUUUCAGACCUCGACCCUAAGAUGAUGAAUAAGGAAACCCCAGAGGAAACAGGAAGUUAUCUGCUCUCAGAAAGUCUUCCCCAGCACUGCCUUUAUACCAGACUCAGUUCCCUACAGAAGCUUAAGGAGAACCUGGUCUUCACUGUCUGUCUGCAGGCUGAAUUUACAUCUCUAGAUGAGCAGGUACAAUGGACCAAAGAGGUGGACAUCGGCAAGCCCCUAAUAGCAAAGCUGGACCUGCACCGGCCCACCAGGAGGAACAGCUGUCAGCAGACAUGCCUCAUGCCCCAUAGCCCAUCCACCAGCCCAAGCCCAAGCCCAGGAGCCGAGCGACUACUUGUCCACGGGCUCCCCUGCCACUACCCACAGUCCAGCAGCCCCUUCCUUCACGUCUGUGAUCCCUUGCAAGGAGCCGCUGGGGCUUAUGGCGACUCUCUGCAUGAUGAUUAUGCAUUUCACUAUGAAAAUAAUUCAUAUUCACCUAUUAUGCGUCUACCCAGUGUGCCCAUUGAAACCACUGACGACAUUGAAGAUAUGCAGAAUAGGUUCAUGGACAGCUUACAUUUAUACAACCUGCCUUAAACUGGGGAGCCUGGGACAAAAAACUGGGAAAGAAAAUAUUUACUUACUUGUCUUAGAUUAUGUAAUGUUAAAUAUCAGCUGUUAUGUAUAAAUUGUAAUAUUUUCUGUUGUGAUAUUUUCUGUUACACAGAAUGCACUUAUAGAAUAUUAUAUGGUAUAUCUUGAGUAAUAUUUGAAUUUGAUGGUGGUUUACAGUCCUUACGCAUGUAUGUAAUAGAAGCAUAAAUUAGCCCAUUUGUACCAAAGUAUUACUGGUGAGCAUUUAACAGGUUUAAUAUGUAUUUUCCUAAAUGUUUGUGUUGUUUUUGAUAAGGAAAGCUGCAUGUGAAAAAUGCUGCAUGGCAUCAUUAGUUAGAAUAUCAUUAUUAAAAUUUCAUGUUCUGAAUAAGUGAGCAAGCAGCCAUGUGUAAGGCUGUCAUUGUACUUUUAUAUAUAGUAUAUAAAAAACAGUAUCGUCUUUACAGUAUCUGUUAAAAAGGACAACAGAUAGAAUUUCUGAAAAUUAUUACAAUGCUAUGCACAACAUUAAAAAAAAUCUAAGAUAUAAUGUUGCACAUUACAUAGAUGUAACAUUAAGCAGGCAUAUUAGAUUGCACCUUUGUCGUGUAAUAAAGCUAAUUAGAUUCAACUACUCCCUGAAAAUGAGUGAAGAGGGGUGUUACAUUUACUUAUAGGCUUAAAUGGGGUAUUACCCUGUAUUACGCUCAUCUUUAAUAAUCACACAAUUGUUCCUAAGUUCAGUAAUAUGAAGUUAUUGCUGGCCACAGAAUAAAACUAAUAACUAUAAGAAUAAGAAUAAUACAAUGAUCACCAACUGUACAGUACUGUAAUGAUACAUUAUUAAUCCUGGGCACAUACAGAUUGGUGUCUCAGAAGGGUUUUGGCCUCCAGAACAGUUUCAAUGCACCUUGGCACAUAUCCUAUAGAAGCCAUAACAGACAUAGAAGUCUCUGGAACUGUACUGGAGGGAUAAACACCAUUCUUCCAAAAGAUAUUCCCUUAAUUAGUGUUUUGAUAAUGGUGGUAGAGAGCGCUGUCUAACACACCCAUCUAAAAUCUG